UAGAAACGAGCACUUGCCAAUGUUAAAGGAUUAUUAUUGUGUGGAGAAGCGAACAAUAUCAAUCUUGCGAUCUGCGAACAAAUAUGUCUAAUUUUGGAUACGCUGGCCACGGAUUCUCAUUGAAGGCUCUCCUUGAGGAUCCAAACUUACAAACGGCUCCAAGUUUUAACAAUGGGGGCAACAAUGUUAAGAAACCUGGUAAAGUUGGAAACUAUAUGCCAAAUGCCAACUCGGCUUUCCUUGGCUCUAACCUUUGGGACAAACCUUCUGGUAAUGAUGGAUCUGCAUUCGACCUUGAGUACAUGGAUUUAGAUGAAUUCCUCUCAGAGAAUGGGAUUCCAGUAAAUCUUGAUGAAAAUGAUGAAGCUGAGACUAUCAGUUUAUUAGCUAGCGCUCUUGCGAAAACUCCUCCGGGCUCGCCCCAGCGUGAGACAAACGGAAUAUGUAUAUCACCGGAGAGUCCAAACCGAGACAUUGGCUUAAAGACAGUGAAGAAAGCAUCGAACAUAGGUUACCUACCAGAGAGCCCAGUCAACAAGGCUACAAUAUCCCCACUAUCUUUGAGCCCAGUCUCCUCACCCAGAACUUCGGAGCCACAGUCUGCUAUUGAAAGAUAUCUGAUGGACGAUGAUUUUGGUGUGAAACUACCACCGAAAGUCUCUGUUGUUACUCUAGAUGAAGUUAUGGGUAAGAAACCGAGCACAAGUUCCCCUGACAAGCGCAAGUCUUCGUUCAUGAGUUAUGAUGAAGAUGAAGAUCAAAUAGCCACUAUUCCAGUAUACAUGCAGAACAACCCAUCAGUACAUCACAAUGAUUAUCCGUCACCUCAGUCUCUGGAUGUGUACGCUUCAAAUUCUAUGAAGAAUUGGGAAGCAUCUAAUAGUUCAAAUCAUAGUAGUAUUGGUAGUGAGGAUGGAGACGUAGAGCUUAUGAACUCUCUACCAGGACAAGAAAAUUUUGAUCCAACAAGCAGAAAGUUCUCAGAGGAAGAGCUGAAACCCCAGCCGAUUAUCAAAAAAUCUAAGAAGGUGUUUGUUGAUGAUUAUAAUAAGGAUGACCGCUACUGGCAAAGACGUAAGAAGAACAACAUUGCUGCGAAACGAUCACGAGACGCAAGACGAGUCAAGGAAAAUCAGAUUGCAAUGCGAGCUUCAUUCUUAGAACAGCAAAACGAUGAUCUUACAGAAGAAGUAGAAAAAAUUCGUCAGGAGAAUGAAGAGCUUCGAAGAAGGUUAUCAAAAUAUGAGAAAGUGUAAUUCCCUGUCAGAAGAAGUUCUAUCAUAAAAUCAUCGUCAUUUUUUUUUUUAUUUGGCAGACGUCGUUUUUUCACAAACAUUAUCACCUUGAUCAGUGGCAGAAUAGUCGAAGCAUUUGAAACAGUAUAUCUAUUGUUUUGAUAGUGUGGUCUGUAAAUAUUGUUCAAAUUUCACAUCAAAUACUUGGAAUAUUCUGUUACGAAUGGGAAAACAAGAUGUUUUCAGCUCAUGACUGUAUAUGGUUUUGUAGUGUAUAUAUAAUGUAUUGCAUAUGUCAUAUUGAUAUAAGAAAAAUUUAGAAUUAUUUUUUAUGAAAAAUACAAAAAAAAAAAGACAAAAAAAAAGUUGUAGAUUAGAUGCGCGUGUGUCUGAGUGAAUAUUUAGCAUCACAUGUUUGUGUUCUUUAUCUUCAGAAUGUAGCACUGUUAGUAUAUUGUUCUUGUACAGAAUUCAGAAUUUCAUAUAAACAUGACUGUAUAUUAAAAAAGAAUAUCAUGUGUUGAUUCGGUGUGAUUGCCUCUUUUUAUGUGUGAUAAGUUAUGAACUUUUCUCAAAAAAAAAAGAUAAAAAAGAUUCCACUGUUAACAUGGUACAAAAUGUUUUGGAUGAAUAUUGAAAAAAUCAGAAAAAGAUCUUAGUUUGAAAUAAAAUUCUGUGUGCUUUAGUAAAGAAUGAGAAACUGAUACAGAUCUGAUGUAUAUACACAAUGUAAAUGCAAAUGCUUUUCCUGAUUACAGUAAAUGGUGAUAAGAAAAAAUAUAGAUUUUUAUUUUUAAUAUCAAAGCAUUGCUGAUAAAAAAAAAUAAGAAGAAGAAAUAAGAGAUUCUUAUAUUUACUAUAAAGGCAUUGCUAUUUUUACUCUUACCAAUCGAAAUAUCUUAGAUUAGACUUGCCCAUCUUUUAAUCUGGACAAAACUAUUUAUCUUUUUUUUUGGGAAACUUUAAAAGAAUGUAUUGACGGAAUAGGAAACAGUACAGACUAGAAAUUACUCAAUGGCAAAUUACCUGAACAAUCUUGUGCUUAGAUGUGGCCUUUUUGUGCUUAGUUUAGUUAUAGUGAUCAAUAUUUUGUAUGGCAGUCAAAAUACUAUUUUGUUAACAUAUUGUUACUUUUAAGAUAGAUGUUUUUAUGUUUAUUGCUUCUUUCUUCAUGUGGUAGUUAUCUAACAUGCUCAAAAACCAUAACUUAAACAGUAUAAAGCUUAUCUUUGUCCUUUCUGAAGAAGAAAACAUUUAUUCACUUCUAAGGCAUAAUGUGCCUUUAAAAAUCUGGUUAAAUCUAAAUGUGCUGACUCUCUUCUCAUAAAUAAGUUUUACAGGAAAUUAAGUUCAAGCUAUAAAGACAGAUUUGACGUUGAGAUGACAACUGUUACUUAUUGAUAAUUGACAGCUGUUACAAAGGUGAAUUUUAUCUAAGCCAGACUUAGUUUAUGUGUACAAAAUUAUGUGAAGGUCAGCAGUUGAAUAUCAUUUGAUGAUCAAGGCAAAAGGCAAAAGUAUUUUUGAAAUUUUAUCUACAUUGGUUUGACAUCAUAUAAGAAAUUAUGAAUUAUAGAGGAUUGUUUUUUUCAAUCUCAUCUUGGAAAGUCCAAAGCUAUAUUUUUCGUGUGUGUUAUUUGUCUUCAGUAGGUAUUCCUGCUAAAUUGUUUUGUUUAUAUAUUUGUUCAAACUCUUAUCAUAUUGUUCAUUUUGUAAAAAUGACACAUUGAAUGUUUUUUUUUCCAUAUUAAUUUUGAAAUUUGGGAUCAGUUUUGAAAAAACUUGCAAGCAGUUCUGAGACAGGUUUUGUUAAUAAACUCAUUGUUUUGAUAUGAGAUAAUUGUGAAUAAAUAAGAGAUAUAUUAAAAAAAGUAAAAUGCAAAAAAGGAAGAAGACAGAUAUUUGAUAGUAUAAGACAAAUAUUUGGUAAAUGAGACAAACAUAAGUUAAUAUAGGAUAAUUAUAAGACAAAUAGAAAUACUUUGUUGAAUGAGAUAAAUAUGAGGUAAUAUAAGACAAGUAUGAGAUAAAUAUGAGAUAAAAUCUUGACAUAUGAUAUCAUGAGAAGAAUAAGUAUUGAGCACUCUACGGUAAAUAAUAUAGUGAUUGUUUUGUAAAAUCACAGAGAUAGUGGGUGAUAAUUUUGCAUUUAACUUAAUACCUUUUAUAUUUUUUACAUGUACAUGUCUUUGGUUGUUGUUGUUUUCAGUAUCCCAUUUGAAUACUAUAGAUAAAAGCUGAAAUUACAGAGGAAAAGGAUGAUAAUUUUGCAUUACUUAAAAUCAAAGACCUAAUACAUGUACAUUAAAAUUUUGUAUUUGGUUGCUUUUUAGCUUUUUUUUCA